AUGGGCGAAGAAGCAUGGUGGGAGGAGGUGGGGAAGAUGAAGGAAGAGAGGGAGAGGAUGAGGAAAGAGCUUCAGGAUGCGAGGCAAAGAGUCGGCGGCGAUAUGUCGAAGGAGGACCAUGGAAGCGAUGAAGAGGAUGGGGCAGACCUCGGAAAGGAUCGGACCACCUGUCUCCUCAUCGGCAACCACUCAGCGGGGAAGUCAUCGUUCGUCAACUGGUAUGUGGGAGAGAAGGUGCAGGUCGAGAGCGUCGCCAUGGAGACAGCCGGGUUCUGUCUCAUACGCAAAGGAGGUAAACGAGCGCGAUGGAAAGGAAGGCAGACGAGCAGCGCGUUUCCGUGGCUUCGACGAGCUGCGCACGGGCGAACGAUCGAGUGGACAUAUGCAGACAACACAAUAGAAGAGGAGCGACUUCCGGCGCGCAAAAAUUUCUACUGCAUGGCGUUUAAGGCUGCUGGCGGGAUUCCUUUUGCCAUCCUCCUCCUCCUGGGAACGGCCUUGAGCAUCGUCCUGUCUCUGAGGAAGACAAGGAAGCAGCAGACCAUGUCCCCGUCUGACGUUGUGAAGCUGCGGAAGAACAGAAAGAAUCUGGAGCAGGUGACGAUCAAGAACAUCGAGGAGCUGCGGAAGAAAUACGUUCGACAUACGCUAGAGGAGGAAGAGUAG